CUUUAACCUUCCUUCCACUCUUCCACAAUCUCAAAAAAUGUUAGGAAGAAAGCUGGUCAUCGACUAUUCUCUUUACCUGGUAACAGGAAGAGAACUCUUACCGCCAGGCAAAGAUUACUAUGAAUCCCUAGAAGAAAGUCUCAAAGACGGACAUGUUACCGUUGUGCAAUUACGAGAAAAGAAUAUCGACUCGGGAGAAUUUCUAGAAAUUGCAGAAAAAAGCUUGAAGAUUUGUGACAAGUACCGAGUUCCAAUGCUGAUCAAUGAUAACCUUUCAGUCGCUUUGGCUUUACCGGAAAGAGUUGGUUUACAUAUCGGACAAACGGACAUACCCGUUCAACAAGCAAGAAAGAUACUUGGACCGAACAGGCAUUUGGGAUUAUCUGUUCACAACGUUGAACAAGCAGAAGCUGCAGUUGACCUUGAUAUAGUGGACUACGUCGGUGUUGGACCCGUAUACGGAACAAAGAGCAAAGCAGGAAUUGAAGAAAAAGACGUUCUCGGUCCAAGAGGUGCAAGUCGCAUAUUGCAAGCACUCGAAAAAGUACCAAAGAGGCUACCGUGCGUUUUGAUUGGAGGUUUGAACGAAAAGACUGCUGCUGGUACGCUGUUCGGCGCAGUAUGUGAUAGUAAUUGGCCUGAUGGAAUUGCGGUAAUCAGUGCAAUCGUCGCUCAUCCAACACCUUCAGUGCCUGCCGCAAAUUUAGCCAAAAUUGUCAAAUCAUUCAAGAAAGCUUUUGAUUCCCAUGCCAAAGAAUUCGGUGCCGGCGAACCACCUUUUACUUCUUAUGACAUUGAAAAAAACACGAUCAACAAGAUUGCUGAACUUUUGCGUUUCCACAGAGCAAGCCAAUAUGGACCGCCACUCAUUCAAACGCUCACUUCGCACGUCUCAUCAACACUUUCAGCUAACAUUGCUUUGGCAUUUAGCUCAAGUCCGAUUAUGAGCCAUCAAGAAGCUGAGGCGGAAGAUUUAGGCAAGGUCACCGGAGCAGUUGUGCUAAACAUUGGAACGAUCGGUGACGAAGCAAGAAGAGGAAUGCGUGCGGUCGGUGGUGCAGCUAACCGAGGUGGAAAGCCAGUGGUGUUGGAUCCUGUCGGUGUUGGAGCAUCUUCGUUCCGUAAAGGUGUGGUGGAAGAAAUAAUGAAUCAUACACAAAUCACAUUACUCAAAGGAAAUGCCGCCGAAUUGAGUGCUAUCUCAGGUCUGGAAGACAUUCAAUCAAGGGGAGUGGACAGUGGAAGUGGAACCUUGAAAGAUCCAGUAAAUCUUGUCGUUUCUAUGGCAUGCAAAGAAAAGUGUCUGGUCUUGUUGACAGGAAAAGAAGACUAUUUGAGUAACGGACAACAUGCUGUAAAGGUCUCAAACGGUCAUGAACUUCUAGGUCGUAUCACAGGUAGCGGAUGUGCGUUGGGUGUCGUGGUUGCGGCAAGUAUGGCAGCCGCUUGUAACUUCACAAAGCACAACAAAUUACCGACAACACACUUGGGCAGCUUUAUGGUUCAUUCAGAUACCAAUUGGCUUUUCAUUGGUGCCCUUAUGGGAGUACUUUCAAUGAACAUCGCUUCCGAACUUGCAGCAGAAAGAUCAGAUGUUAAAGGUUCCGGUACAUUCAUUCCUGCUUUGAUUGACGAAUUGGCUGCAAUGACGCCAGAGAAAAUCGUCGAACGAGCCAAAUUCGGAUUCGUUUGAUAUAUUACAUGAUGUACAAAAUUCUUUCGUGCUAUAAAUACAAUGCUCUCGGUGCUAUUAAGCGCCCGUCUCCAUCAUCUUGUCAUCAUUGUGGUCUUCUGCUUUUACCUCUUGCAUCUCCGUGUCUGCCUUGUCUUUCCCGCUUUUUAUAGAUCUUUCUCCUUGCCCUGCCUCAAUUUUGUCCAUUUCUGAUUUGAUGUCAAGUAUGGUAUCCUUCAAAGCAUUCAUCUUAUCCUGCAAAUGCGCUUUUUCUGUUCCCCAGGCCUUAUCAGCAUCAUCGAUCUCGUCAUCUACUCGAUCCUCCUGUUCGUCUAGGCGAUCAUCUUGAGUGUUCAAAUUCUUCUUUGGCAAAAAGUAGAUCGGAUGAGAAUCUGGUCUCAUGACCAACUUUGGAUGUCUUGGUCCGAUUGGUGCCAAUGUCAGAGUAACAUCUGGCG